UUUUGUUUGAAGCAAGUGUUUUUCUAUUAAUUUUCCCGCCAGGGACGCUUCAGUAUGGCAUAUGUAAGCUUGAUUGUCUGCGGGUCACCGGCGGUACACCUGGAACCAGAUAUAAUCUACAGGAUUGGGCGGAAAAAGGGUCUGGAAAUCAGCAUCGCCGAUGAGUCCAUGGAACUGGCCCAUGCCACCGCCUGCAUCCUCCGCCGCGGAGUUGUGCGCCUGGCCGCCAUGGUUGGCAGUAUAUUCGUCAACGACCAGGAGAAGACUGUGGCGGACAUCAGCAAGGCGGAAGCCUUCGACGGCACGGUUAAGCUCCGGUUUGGAAAUGUGGAGGCCAGGCUGGAAAUCAGAGACGAGAACGAUGAGGCCCAUGACAGCAGCGGAUUUGGGGAAUGCCCGAAAGACAGGUCAAACAACUCCACAAUGGACAGCUUCAAUAUACCUGAAACGCAGCCUCCGUCCGCCAACACGUCAGCAAACACCUCGGCGGACAGCUUCUUUAUACCUGAGACCCAGGCGGUUAACUUUGAAAGACCGUCGACCAGUGGAAAAGUGUCGCUGGGCGAUGACUUUAUGAUACCUGAAACGCAGGAUCUGCUGGCCGAACUUCCAUCUGUGCAGUUCAAUGAUCCAGUGAUUAACCACAAAGAGUUGAGUAAUGAUGCGGACUUCUCCCAGGGCAGCGAGAUACGGAUUUGCACUCAGGACUUCAACGAGGAUGCCAUCGAUGACUUUGAUUCAUCGCAGAUCCUUUGUGAUGCUAUGCUUGAUCUGCCGCUACCAAGGCCAAUAGAAACUUUGGAGAAAAAAGAUAGUAAGCGGGAUCAACUAAAUGCCACCGACUUGGAAAUGAGUGCCUUGAAUUGGUCAGCCAGCAAUUCGAAAUCCUGUGCCCUAAGUAGCACCGCAAUCCUGCCAAGCGGUGAUGCCUGCAUAACUCCUGAACUGUCAGCUCCCUCCGAAGAUCGUCCGAUCUGCACCCCUGAUCUUUUCGAUUUGAUCUUGGGCAAUGAGCCGCGUUCAGGCUCCAAUAGUCCAGAUCCUUUCGUCCGUCCUUCAAACGUAGCAAAUACCACCACACCACAGUUUGGUGGCGUUAAACAGCUGGUUGUGGCCACCAUUGAGACUCCUACUGCAACUCCCGACAAAGAGGAUGCAGCCAGCAGUCAAGAAAUGAAUCAAGAUUCGAUAGUCACUCAACGAUUUCCGGAAAAUAAAUUGUUGGAAAGUGAGAGCGAAGACGAAGAUGUACCGAAUCAAGAUUUUGUGGCAACCCAGGCUUUUAAAUUGGGACGCCCCCAACAAGACAAAGUUCCUAAUUCACCAAAAGAUAACGAAACCAACCAAGACUUCAUAGCUACUCAGGCGUUUAAUUUUAGACGUCCACAACCACCCGACUCUCCUAAGGCACCGAAAGCUAAUACGAAUUGCAACCAAGAUUUCAUAGCCACUCAAGCGUUUCCCGCCAAUAUUAAUAGCUCUAGGUGUCAGGACUUUAUAGAAACACAACAAUUUAAUCCGGGUAAUCAGAAUUCCUUGAGUUUUGGUAACAAAGAAAAUAUUCCACACGACAACAAUACCGAAAAAGCUGCAGGUUCAAAAUCCGUCGAGGAGCCUUGUGAUGAAAUAGAUGCUGUGCUCAACGAAAUGAUUUCUGGGACAAUCGUAACAUCACCUGUAAAUCCUAACGAAGAGCCGAUAAAAUUCUUUAAGCCGUGCGUGAUUAAAGAUAAGAAUCACUUUCAAAAGGUUUGUCAAAUCGAGGGGGUUUUCGGUGACAUUAGUAACAAAAGACGGUGGCGCUCUGAGGGCACUAGAGAUGGCAGUCGCAAACGCGUAGCCAGAUCGGAAUCUCCCCCGGAAACACCAAGCCGAAAAAAUAGACGAACAUCAGAGGGUUCUCAGGGAUUGGAAUAUAACUUGAGAAAGCGGAGAGCAACUUCAGUGGAUAAAAAAUCAGAACCUCUCAACAAAUUUAUUUGCAAAGAACAUGAUGUAUCCCCGCAUACAGAAGAAAAAGAUAAGGAUGAUAAAAUAAACUCUCCUUUCAAAGUGAUGGCCAAUAAAUGGCAAGCACGUAGAAGUAUAAUAAAUAACCGAUCCGGUACUCCAGGAAACUCUUUAGAAACGAAUAAAGUUGAAGAUGAGAUGCAGGCUAAAUCUAAAGAUGAGCUAUCCGCAACCCCGUCCAUUCAAGAGCCUUCAUCUAGCGGUGCCAAUGCCAAGGAACCAUCUGUUCGUGCACCAAGAGCAACUCGUGCUACAAAGUCGCGAUCCACAACACCUUCUGUCGAUGAUCUAUUGCCGUCCAUUGAAGAGCCUUCACCAAGCGGUGCCAAUGCCAAGGGACCAGAGGUUCGUGCACCUAGAGCAACUCGUGCUACAAAGUCGCGAUCCACAACACCAUCUAUCGAUGAGCUAUUGCCUUGUUCCGCCAGUGACAAAAAGCCCAAAAUUGUAACUGCCAAAAAAGAAACUCGAAAGCCCGGUAGAAAAACCAAGGUCGUGGAGACAAACAAGGCAGACACAUGCAAUGAUAUUCCCAGGCCAAUAACCAAAACUAGGCGCAAUACUAGCCAAGUAGAUGAUGCACUUUCAGAGAAGGAAAGAAAGGUUGAAAGUGCGGAUGUUGAAGUUGUUGAGACUCCUGAUGCAGAAAAACCUGUGAAGUCAAAAAGAGGAAGAAAGGCCAAGAACCUGGAGACCAGUAAAGAAGGCACAUCCAAAGAAAUGGCGAAGCCAAUGUCUACAACUAGGCGCCAGACUAGCGAAGAAGAAGUUAAGAAGCCUAAUGCAGGAGGAGGAACAGAGGCCGAAAACGCCGAGACCAAUAUUGCCAAUUCAUCUUAUGAUACUCCAAAGCCCAUGACCAAAACCAGGCGCAAAGCUAGCGUGGAAGAUGUUGAGGACCCUAAGGCAGAAAAACCUGUCAAAUCGGAAAAAGGAAGAAAGGCCAGGAAUGUUGAGGCAAAUAGGGCGGACACAUCCAAAGAUAUGCCAAAAGUGAUGACCAGAAACAGGCGCAAAACGAUCGUCGAAGAUGCUGAAACGAUGAACGAUGAAAAACCAAUGGAGACUUCAUUAAAACGUGUAGUUGUCCGUAUACCCAGAGCAAGUGUUGACAAAAUAGAGACUUCCUCAACCUCUGGGACUAGUUCCAGGGUGACUAGUGCAGCCAAGUCGCCUUCCAUUGAAGAACCAUUAUCUAGCGUUGCUAAUUCCAAGGUCCGUGGACCCAAGUUGGGUUCUGCAACGCCGUCCAUUGAAGAGCCUUCAUCUAGCGGCCAUCAACCAGCUCUACCAAUAUUUUGCUCUAGGUGUCAGGACUUUAUAGAAACACAACAAUUUAAUCCGGGUAAUCAGAAUUCCUUGAGUUUUGGUAACAAAGAAAAUAUUCCACACGACAACAAUACCGAAAAAGCUGCAGGUUCAAAAUCCGUCGAGGAGCCUUGUGAUGAAAUAGAUGCUAUGCUCAACGAAAUGAUUUCUGGGACAAUCGUAACAUCACCUGUAAAUCCUAACGAAGAGCCGAUAAAAUUCUUUAAGCCGUGCGUGAUUAAAGAUAAGAAUCACUUUCAAAAGGUUUGUCAAAUCGAGGGGGUUUUCGGUGACAUUAGUAACAAAAGACGGUGGCGCUCUGAGGGCACUAGAGAUGGCAGUCGCAAACGCGUAGCCAGAUCGGAAUCUCCCCCGGAAACACCAAGCCGAAAAAAUAGACGAACAUCAGAGGGUUCUCAGGUUUUGGUAUUGGUAGAGCUGGUUGAUGGCUUUUCAAUGGCUGCUUCAGUUUUGAGCUUUUUGUCACUGGCGUCAUCGACGGACGGUGUCGCGGAUCGCGACUUUGUAGAACGAUUUGCUCUUGGUGCACGAACAGCUGGCCCCUUGGCUUUCGUACCGCUAGAUGAAGGCUCUUCAAUGGACGGCGUUGCAGAACCCAACUUGGGUCCACGGACCUUGGAAUUAGCAACGCUAGAUAAUGGUUCUUCAAUGGAAGGCGACUUGGCUGCACUAGUCACCCUGGAACUAGUCCCAGAGGUUGAGGAAGUCUCUAUUUUGUCAACACUUGCUCUGGCAUCUUCGACGAUCGUUUUGCGCCUGUUUCUGGUCAUCACUUUUGGCAUAUCUUUGGAUGUGUCCGCCCUAUUUGCCUCAACAUUCCUGGCCUUUCUUCCUUUUUCCGAUUUGACAGGUUUUUCUGCCUUAGGGUCCUCAACAUCUUCCACGCUAGCUUUGCGCCUGGUUUUGUUUUGGUUAUUGGCCUGGGAAUAUCAUUGCAUGUGUCUGCCUUGUUUGUCUCCACGACCUUGGUUUUUCUACCGGGCUUUCGAGUUUCUUUUUUGGCAGUUACAAUUUUGGGUCUUAGCCUUUUUGGUAUUGGUAGAGCUGGUUGAUGGCUUUUCAAUGGCUGCUUCAGUUUUGAGCUUUUUGUCACUGGCGUCAUCGACGGACAGAUCAGGCGCGACCACUACGAGAUUCAGCCAGCCAGAUCCGGAUUCACUUAAAGCAUUUAAUCAAUAUGUGAGAAAGGCCAAAACGGAUGGAAAAAUUAAGAUAGCAUAAUCUGUCUUAAAAUCUUUGAAACAUGUGGUGGAAAUCACCGAAGAUCCCGUCCAGUGCGACCUUCUCAUCAUGGACAAAGGCGAGCGGACCUACAAAUUCCUCAUAGCCAUCGCUUCCAAUAAACCCGUUCUCUCCACCAAUUGGCUGCAUUCCGUCAAGAAGACCAGGACCAUCGAAGUAAAAGCAGAUCAUAUUUUUAGUGAUGCCAAGUUCGAGGAGACCAUGAAGUUUAAGCCCUUGUCUGUACUGCAGCACACUCGUUUGCUAAGUGGUUUGCACUUUAUGCUCGGUGAAGACAUCAUUCCAAAGCCCAUCGAAUUGAAAGUCAUAAUUCAAAGUGCCGGCGGAAAGGUGCUCACCCAACCGCCCUCGCUGGCCUUCAGUGUGGAGCUGUACGUGGUCACCACCAGCAAGGACCAAAAAUUCCAUCGACGCCUGCGGAACCACGAAAAAGUACAUUUCAUCAAAACCGAGGGCGUUAUGCAGGCGCUUGUACGGCACAAUGCGGAACUCCUGAACGAGCACAAGCUCAAAGUUUAAAUGCCAUAUUUUGACAUUGAUCCUAACUUUUUCCUGCCAAACUUCGGAGCCGUUCCUGAUUACCUACGAAAAAAAGCACAUCACUAACAAUGUCCCAGACUAGCAUACUAUCAAGCUUUAACUUUAGGUUUUUGUUUCAUAUUUAAUUUUUUGUUUCAUGUUGGGGCUAACUUAAUUGUGGCCAUACAAUUUGAGUUGUACAAAUGGUUGCCUUCAUAUGGCCCGUCAAAUAUAUCCAUACGAUUAUGCUUAAAA